UUAAAACAAAACACUGUCGCAUCGCAUGUAACACAUCAUCGAAUCGCAUCACAGGUUGCACUCUCUCUCUUCACUUCACACUCACUUUCUCUCUCUACAUUCUCAACACCCUUCUCGCUUGAUUCAUUCAUAGCCACAUCAAUUAUCAACCACAAUCAUUCGAUUUUCUCAUCUGAUAAAUUCUUCAAUCCAACCAACACAAUGAAUGGAAAUUUUCAAAACAAUUAUAGAGGUGGUUGGAAUAAUAUGCCAUUCAAUGAUUUCAGUCAGGAACAGUUUAACUACAAUUACCAACAUACACCGACGCCGCCAUGUGUUGAUAACAGGCAGUUAGCGCAUCAAAUGCCGACACCGUAUGUUGAUAGCAGGCAGUUAGCACAUCAAAUGCCGACGUCAUAUGUUGAAAACAGACAGUUACCACAACCAACGCCGACGCCAUAUGUUGAUAGCAAGCCGUUACCACAUCCAGCGUGGGAGCAAAAUGUUGAUAACAGGCAGCUACCACAUCAAAUGUCGACACAAUAUGCUGAUAACUGGCAGGUACCACAUCAAUUGCCGGUGCCAUAUGUUGAUAAGAGGCAGUUGCCACCUCAAAUGCCGGCACAAUAUUCUGAUAACACACAAUUAUCACAUCAACCGUCACUGCCAUAUGUUGAUAACAGGCAGUUAGCAUCUCAACCGCCAGCACCACAGGCCGAUAACAGGCAGUUACCACAUCAAACGCACGUGCCAUAUGUUGAUAUCAGGCAAUUGCUCCAUCAAAUGCAGCCACAAUAUUCUGAUAACACACAAUUACCACAUCAACCGUUGGUGCCAUAUGUUGAUAGGCAGUUGCCACCUCAACCGCUAGCACAACAUGCCGAUAACAGGCAGUUACCACAUCAACUGCUGCCGCCAUAUGCUGAUAGCAGGCUGCUGCCACAUCAAAUACCGGUGCACUAUGCUGAUAACAGGUACUUACCACAUCCAGCGCCGGCACACUAUGCUGAUAACAAGUACUUGACACAUCAAACACCAGCACCCUAUGCUGAUAACAGGCCCUUGGCACAUCAAACACUGGCACUGUAUGCCGAUAACAGUACCUUACCACAUCAAAUGCCGACACCUUAUGCUGAUAACAGACACGUGCGACAUCAUACACCAGAAGACUGUACUGAUAAAAUGUGCUUACCACAACAAACGCGAGAAAGUUUUGUUGAUAAAAGUCCUGUACCACCUGAAAAUCCAGAAGAAUUUGCUGAUAGUAAGUGCCACUUGUCAGAGCAAUUGCUGGAAGACUAUGCUGAUGAGAGUCAGUUACCACAGAAAGCACCUGAAGACUAUGCUGAUAAGAAGUGCUUACCGCAACAUGUACACUGUAAGAUUUGUGGUUGUCGGAUUCCUCACAAGUGUUUGGAACAACAUAAUAAAGGAAGGAGACAUCAAAAGAACUUAUCAGAACUACGUGAGCUACUAAAGAAACGGAAACGUGAUAAAAGAAAGAAUAAAUGUGCAAAAGCUCUUGGUUUCAAGGUAGCAAAUUUGAAAAACGAAGGUCAUGGUUCCAAGCGCAAGAUUGAAGGAGCAACAACAGGUAAGGGCAUGAAGAUCAAUAAUGGGAAAAAAAAGCCCGUGAAAUCAUCAAAACCCGGGGUCAAUGCUCUGUCAAAUUUUGCCAACUGUCUAGUUGAAAUACCUGAGUCAGAAUCACCACCAAUUGGUUCCGAGGUAUCCACAUCUGUAGCAGCAGUUACAGAGACAGAAAUGUCUGAAAGCAAAGUUCAUAAUGAGAUUCAGAAUCAUGUUUUUGAUUCAAAUGAUCAGCAACAAUCAAUCUCAAUGGAAUUGGACGACCUUGCUGGUUCUAUAAAUGACAACCAAACCGGACUUGUGAAUUCUGAUUCUGCAGCGAUCGAAAUAUUUAUAGAACCACUUGCAUCCGCGCCACCAGAUCCAUCAUUGUCAAGUUUUGAACCCCUAACUGAACAUGGUCUACAUACUGAAACUGAACCUCAAGUAUCGGAAGCCGUAGUAUGUUAUGAGCGCCAACAUCUUUCUGAGGAGAUAAGUAUUCCACUGCUACCAUCAGGCUCAAUGGAGAUUGAUACCGCUUCAGAGGCCAGUGAUGAAACUGAAACUGAAGAUGAAGAUGAAAGCUCCCAAUCUGAAGUUGAGAUGGAUGUUCUUGAAACUGAGUCAGGGUCAACUAAAUUGCCUAAGAUACCUGUUUGUCUUACGUGUGGUGACGUAGGCUUUGAAGAGACGUUGGUAUAUUGCAACAAAUGUGAAGAAUGUGCUCUGCAUAGGUAUUGUUUAGACGGGCCUGUGAUUUUUACGGAUGAGGUUAUUUGGUAUUGUGAGGAUUGUGAAGAAGAGGUAAUAGACACAAAUUGUACGGAUCAAGAUAGUUCAGAUUCUUCCGAUUCAGAAAGUGAAGUUGAUUCUAGUGAGGAGGAAUGUGUGGCCGAUGUUCAUCCACAGCCUAUUGCUGCUCCAAUCUGGAGGGGAAGUUUGAAGGUUUACCACAAAAGCGUAGAUAAAGUCACAAGACUAAUGGGACAUUUGUCCACAUUAGCAUGCCCUAAAGUACUUGAAGAGGCAAGACAUAUCCCUGAUGUGCUAUAUGGUGAAUUGCUUCAAAGAUCAGCUGUGUGGCCAGAGAGUUUCAAGAAAUUUGGAACAAAUAAUAUGAGCAUCGGCCUUUAUUUCUUUCCUCAGAAUGAAAGAGUUGAGAGAUAUUUUGACCAACUAGUUCAUGAAAUGAUUUCCAAUGACCUGGCCAUAAGAACUUUCAUUGUAAAAGCCGAGCUUUUAAUUUUCCCGUCAACUGUGCUCCCAAGCGAAUUUAAGAGAUUUCAAUCAAAGUAUUAUUUGUGGGGAGUUUUUAGAAGAAAUCAAUCACCAUCCAAGAAAAGUGAUGUUGGUUCUUCUGGAAAGGAUGCUAGUGUCUUACCUGACAAUAAUCUUUUGAAAUAGUUUUUAUAGUAACAAGUUUUGUGAAUAGUUUUUAGGGCAUUUUUGUUUGUAGUAAUCUGCAUUUAACCAUAGAUUAUGUAUGCUUCCUUUUUGUUUUUGAAACAAGAUUAUGUAUGCUUCCUAUAGUUUUAUUUAUCACCUUUUUGUUUAA